CUCUUCCCGCGAGGCUAUCGCUCCGUGUCUCGAGUUCUUGGAAAGACUUAUCCGGAUCUGCGAAAGGGCAUUUCUGCUGCGGAUAGCCCGUAGGCUGUUCCCAAACUAAUGGAGCGGCUGACAUUUCAGUCCGGGGCUGCCGCGGCGAUAGACGACUACUUGGAAUAUAAGAGAAUUGUAGGAGAAGAUGAUGGUGGGAAACUGUUUACCCCAGAAGAAUAUGAACAAUAUAAGAAACAAGUAUUACCAAUUCGGUUGCAAAAUAGAUUAUAUGUGAGCUGGAGAUCACCAACCGGCAUUGACUGUAAACUCAUGGGUCCAGAAACACCUUGCUUUUGUUCUCACAGGUAUAAACAACACAAAACAGAUUUUGAAGUGAUUCCAAAAGAACGUCCUAUUUCUAUUCCUUGUAGAGUGAGUCGGUGUCCAUGCAAAUCUUAUAAUUUUGUUCCUCUUAAUGGUACUCAGCCCAUCCGCUGUAGAUGUAAGCAUUUUGCAGAUCAGCAUAAUCCAGCAACUGGAUUUCUAUGCAAUAUGUGUUCCAAAUGUGCAGGGUUUCACAGUUGCUUUACUUGUGGAUGUGGCCACCCAGCAUAUUCUCAUGAAACUAUAGUGGAAACAAAAGAGGAACGCUUAGCCCAAGGAAAGCCAGUUGGGCACGAUGUCCCUUAUGCUGCAAUGGGGGGACUAACAGGUUUUAGUUCCUUAGCAGAAGGCUACAUGAGACUUGAUGAUAGUGGAGUGGGAGCACCUUCUACUCAAUUUUUAGAAGCUCCUGUAACCAACAUGGAUAAUCCAUUUUUAAAAGCAUUCCAAGGUCCAUCCAGUUCUAUGCAGGCCUAUUCCCAAUUAACAGAUGGAAGUACAAGUACAACAAUGCAAGUUUCCAGUUUAAGGAGAUCUGAAGAAGAUGAUAUGGCUUAUUUUGAAAGACAGUAUCAGGCACGGUUGAAACAAGGGAAGGCGAAGGAUCAGAAAGGCAAAAGUCCUAUGCCAACAAAGACCCAACAUCAUCAAUAAUAUAUUUGGGCUUCAUUGUAAUUUAUCAGCAUCUCUGUCCCCAUCUGUCUGUCUGUCUUCAGUAACUACAAUACGUUUAUUUUUCUAUGCCAAUUUUGUUAUAUAUAAAAUUAUACUGUACCUCUUUUCAGGCAUUGAAGCAAAAUAAUACUAUACAUCUAAUUCUGCAUACUUGAAAAUCAGCAAUGGUAAAAAUUCAGGUUUUGUGGUAGAAGACUAUAGUAUAAACAUUGAGAACUACUUCUUCAGAAGAAUUUAUUGUUAAUAAAGAUUUGCAUUUGUGGUUUUUUUUUUUCAAUAUUUCAAAAUUUGAAAAUAUUCAUAAUAUAGAAAAACAAAUAAUCAUUACAGAUGGUAAUUGAGCCAAAAAUUUAUGUUGCUAAGCAAAACAAUUGUUAAG